AUGGCGAUCGCAAUUUUCCGUAAUAUCACUGUGGAGCCAGUGCUUUUUCUUUACAUGCUCUGCGUUUUUAUGUCGUUCCCCCUUGUGCAGCAGCUCGCUUUCCAGAAGAUCUGCAAUGCAGAAUAUGACGCCGAAUCUUGCAAGAAUCUCACCACCUCACAGGAAAAUUUUGUACACAAGAAGACCUCCAAAUGGAUUUUGUAUCAGUCUGUGUCUUCGAUGCUUCCUUCCAUUGCAGCUUCGCUGAUCCUCGGUUCCUGGUCAGAUAAAGUCGGUCGUAAGACUGUGCUCAUUCUACCAUCUGUUGGGAGUGUUCUGCUCUACAUCAACUAUAUGCUGAAUGUGGGUUUUUUCUCACUGAAUGUCGACUACCUACUAAUUGGGGUAUGCAUCUCAGGUUUCUUCGGCGGAUUCGCCACAACACUUCUCGGUGUCUUCUCGUACAUAUCUGAUAUAACUGAUGAAUCCCAGCGUACGACGAGAGUAGCCCUGUUGGAAUCCAUGAUAUUCUUGGGUGGUACUGUUGGUAACCUUAUUGGUGGAGUACUUGUAUAUCAUAGUGGCUACAUAGCGGCCUUUGGUCUGUGCUUAGGCCUGAAUGUUCUGAUAAUAGCAUACGUCGGUCUUAUUCUUCCUGAGUCUUACUUUCCUGAUUCAAAUCAGCAAGAAAACUGGGCUUUGGUAGCGAUACACAAUCACAUCAAGACAUCAUUCCAUGUCUUAACUAAGGAGCGACCUCAACACCGAAGACUAAAUUUGCUGGUUAUAAUGUUUGGAAUAUUGGUUUUUGUACUAAUAAGUGAGUUGCUGAGGUUUUUUUUAUUAUUUUUUAUGAUUUGUUAGCUAAAUGGGUAUGAAACUGGAAUGCUUAGAGCACUGAACUGUAUAUCAAAAUUUUGGUCCUGGGUUUGCGCAUGGUCAUGAAUCCAUCAUGUUUGUUCCUCUCAGAAUGUAUUUCAUUUCUCCAUUUAUGGGUAGUCUAGCCUCUCAGUUUAAUCAUGGUAAGAUUUAAAACCUCUGGAUAAGCUGUGGUUCAUUUGUGUCCUUAAAAGGGAGAGCUGUUGGCUCAAGUCAUGGAAACCAAAAGAACAAGGUCACCGGAUAAACAAACAAACAAAAACAAAAUUUAUAUAUUUUAACAAUUAAAAUAGAUAUCUAACAAUCCCUACCCACAAAAUAGCAAAGCUCAUUGGGGUGGGAGGGAAACAAACAUUAAAAUAAAUAUACAUUAACAAGGAUGCCAUUUAUCCUUGAAAACAGACAAUAAGCUCCUUUUAAUCACCUGGCAUCUCCUCCUGUUAACGUUAGCUUACACAUUGUAUAAAGUUUCCCUAACUUCAGCUCCUUCUUUCAGAUUUUGGUGGUUUCAAUGAUAUCUCAGUCCUGUACAGCAAGCACAGUCCAAGAAACUUCACUUCUGAACUGGUUGGUUACUUCUUUGCUGAGGUUUUGUUUAUCAAAGGCCUUGGUGUUAUGUUAGGGAUACCACUGAUGACAAAGAUUCUCAAAUGGUCAGAUCUUACCAUUGCUAUUGUUGGUUCUCUAAUAUCCAUUGGACAAUAUAUAUUCCUUGGAUUUGCCUCCAGCAGAUGGAUGAUGUUUGUUGGUUAGUAAAACUUUUUGAACUUAGUGUGUUAUGGUCAAACUCCUUGAAGUAAAUGAUGUAUUAACAUUUUAACCCUUGAGAGUGAUAAAAAUCUAAUUACUCCCAAUAGUAUCACCCCUGAAUCAAACAUUAAGGUCAUGAGAAUAAAAGAAAUGAUCACAAAGUAAAGAAGCUCUUUAUUAUUGGCUUAUUAUCUUUUAAAGCACCAUAAGAAAUGUACAGAGGAUAUAACACAGAGUAUACAGACUGAUGUUAGGGUGUGAAGGUUUAUUUGGAUUUCCUUGUAGGUGGAUUGAUUGCCAUUGGGGCUGGGGUCACACCACCAUGCAUGAGGUCAAUGAUAUCAAAACAAGUUGACUCUUCAGAGCAAGGUAAGAACUAGUCCAUGGUUAUUUGAAUCUACUAUGCUUAUAACAUAGGUAUUCUCGAUAAACUGUUAUUUUCUUUAAGUUCAUAAACUCAGUUUCACCAGCAGUACUGCUAGCAUAUUGUAGUACAAUGAGUAUAAGUUGUAACAAGGACUGGGGAAGAAGGAAAAAUGAAAUAAAACUCUUUGUUGUGUUGUAUGUGGUUGUAUUGAAGCUCUGACUACUUUUAGUGGUGCAAGUGUCCUGAAAAUUGUCUGUUUGUGAUUACCUCCACUCAUGAUUUCUAAACUUCAUCAUUGUUAUCAACUACAGUACCUGUGAGGGUUAACAUCACCCAUAAUACCAGACCACAUGAAAAACUUUAGGUUGAAUACUUGAACACCCAACAAAUUUCUUGACUGUCUCUACUUUAAUGGUUAUUUCAUAAUUUAUCAAACCCCUGAUUGUAAAUUGUUGUUUUUCUUUGAUUUAGGUACAACAUUUGCUCUCAUUGCAUCUCUUGAAGUGUUGGAGACACUCCUUGCAUCAUUAAUUUUUAACAGUAUUUACAGUGCCACAGUGGACUGGCUACCAGGAUUUUGUUAUUUUUUGAUGUCUGGAAUGACUGUUAUUCCCAUACUCUUGCUUAUGUAAGUCAUUAAGUGUCACUGUAUCAAAUGUACACAACUUUGCUGUUUUAACAGACAUCUGCCAUUUUUCCUCUGCAAAUGAUUGAUUUUGAAACAUUGAAACUAAUUGAUGCACUUUGUUGUUGUUCAAGAUUGUAGCUUUGUUCAGACACUCAGUUGUUUUUCGUGGCUCAAAAAUUAUUUUUGUAACACCUUUUAACUUCUGAGAUGAUUUUAAGUUCAAUUGUGAUUGAUUCCUGUCGGUGAAUGUACUCAAAAUUAUUAAUUCUUCUAAGUUGGAAAAGAUCUUCAUUAAGUUGACUAAAAUGUUUCUGUGCCACAGUUAAAAUAGGUGAACAAUAAUUAUAUUUAAUUUAUGAUUUAAUUCUCUAAUUUUGUUAUUUUUAUUUGACAGAUGGUUGUAUGUUUUGGAGAGACAAAGCAAUCCUUAUGUAGUGAUGUCUUCUUCUCCAGAUGUGGAUGGCUCCUUAAAUAAUGAGGAGGCUUUUGCAAAGUCUUCUGGAUAGUUGGAGUAUGGAUCAAGUAAGGAUGUGAAAGAUGUACUCUAGAGCCACAUUUAAGUGAGAUGAACAUUGAUUUUGUCCUCAAAUACAAAACGAAAAAGGCUUUUGAAACAGUUUGUCAUGUGACCAUUAAUUGUUGAACAUGUUGCUGGAAUUGUGUCAAUGCGAGAACUGUAGAGAUCAUAUUUCAUUUUUCCAAAAUGGUAUUUUACCUACAAAUGCUAUGGCAUGUCAAAAUUUUGUAAGACCAGUUGAAAUCUUAAGUAGUUAGUAGUUCAAUCUAGAUGUACUUGCCUUCCAGAAAAAUUCGCCUGAAUUUCAAAGUGCUACAAAAAUGAUUCAGACUCAUAACUCUAAGGGAUAUAAUAAAACAGAAUAAACAUUUAACUACUACUCAGAGAAGUGGAAGUGAAUGGUGGUGAACAUUUACUUAGCUGCUUCGUGGCAAGGUAAAUGUCCACCACUUUCACCGACACUGAGGUGAAUAAUUGUUUUAGUAUAUACCACAAAGAAACCAAAAAAUUAGUUUAUUCCUGUCAAUAUACCAAUAAAUGGAAAAUAAUGAAAUUUUUGAAGAACAAUUUUAUCUCUUUAGCUGCAUGGAGUUGAGUACUGCUGGCUAAUCACUUCUGAACAAGCCCAUAUGUGCACAAAAAGCAUUCUUCACCUGUGUGGUACAUACUAGAAAUAACAGGCAUGUACUUUUUCCUAUAAUAUCCAUACAUCGUUGAGGUAGAAGUUGUUGUCUUAAUCUAACACCAAAUUCUCAGAACUCUUUCACAAGUAAUCGAGUUGCAGUUAGAAGGGAGAAUAAAUAAUCGGAUCAUGGGAGUUAAAGAGUUACUGAAGUUGCAUUUUACUAAUUUUCAGGUAACCUUAUUUACUGAAAAUGAGGAUAAAUAAUUAAAUCAAUUAUCAGAAAUAUUUAUAGUGAGCAGAUAUUUUUAAGAGCUCUUUCCAUGACACCAGUAUUAAAGAAUAUUAAAUUGUAAACUGUCUCAUAAUGAUGCAGCAUAUGAAUGAUUCAUUCUUAUUUUCUUUACUAAUAAUUAUUAUCAAAUUAUUAAGGUCAAGAAUGGGGACUUUUGAUUUAUUGCCAGUCAAAGAAUUAAGCAUAUAUUGAUAAUUUAGCAACUAUUAAGUAAUGAAGUUCAAUUUCUGUUACAAUGUACUUUGUUACAUCACUUCCUUUUGGUGAUACUUAAUCACAUGCAAAUAAUAGUCUUGUUUGUUGAAAAAAACUAGUUUAUU